CUGUCCAGUCAAAGGCUACUAAAGAAGGAAACACAAACGUCUGUGAAAAUCGUUGACCCACUCAGCUGCUCCACUCUCCAUGAUCAUUCAUUGAUUCAUUCACUCUUCUUUCCAAGAUUCUUCGUCCUUAAUUACGAAGUAUUAAAAGAAGUCACUGUUCUAUACGCAAAACCCAACCUGCUCUGUUUUCCACAGUCAACUCCAUCCAGAUCUCAACGCCCGAUUCUCUCCCCACAAUCCAAAGACUCCAAAUCCCUUUCUGGGUUUUACUCUUCUCCCCCAAAUCUCAAAUGGGUCGCAAGCCAAAUGACUCAGAGUCCUCCAGCAACACCUCUCUGAUCCUCCUCUUGGUGGUUCUGAGUUCCUGUGCUAUGGUCUACUUAUUCCUCUCUGUGUUUCUCACACCAAGUAGGGAGUACUACUCUAUUCAUGUUGAGCCUUUGGAAUUGCUUGAAGAGGAUGCUGUUGCAGGGGAAGAGAAUGGAGCUUGUUGUAGAGGGAUUGAGAAUAUGGAGCUUUGGGGUAAUGCUGUGAAGUGGGGUUCGGACUUCAAGUUCAAUUCCUCUGAGGAGUGUUGCAAGGCUUGUAAGGCUAUGUGUAGUGGCAAUGAUGGGCCGUGUUUGUGUGAUUCCUGGGUUUUUUGUGGAAAUCGGGAGGCUUGCGGAUCGAAAUUCGGAGAGUGUUGGCUGAAGAAACAAAAGGACACCUUGGCCCCACAACGGCAAGAUUUGGGGCAGAAAGUUAGUUGGACUUCUGGGCUCAUCUUUGGAAAAGGAGAGGGCAUUGUGGGCUUCGAAACAGAAUAUGGCACUCUUCAUAUAAAACUUUUCCCUGACUGUGCCCCGCAUUCUGUGACCUACAUUCUUGAGCUGUUGACGUUGCGCCAUUGUGCAGGUUGCCAAUUUUAUCGGGCAGAGAGCCGGGGUCUCUCUUGGGAUUCAGAAGGAAACCACAUAAAAAAUGCGCCUUUAGGCCCUCCUUUUGCAUUGAUUCAAGGAAAACUGGAACCCCAAGGAAUUACAUUCAAUAAGAUCCCAACUGAAGUAUGCCCAAUUAUAAGAAGGGGUUCAGUUGCUUGGAUUGGUUCUGGCCCGGAGUUUUUCAUAAGCCUUGCAAACCACCAAGAGUGGAAAAAUGCAUACACAGUGUUUGGUUCAGUCCUUCCAGAAGACAUGGAAAUUGCCGAGAAAAUUGCUCAGCUCCCCACUACACCAGAUGUUUGGAACAAUAUCAACGUGACCGUCUUGAAGAAACCUGUUCCCUUUUCGAUUCAAAGAAUCAAGAAGAGCAAUGGAGAUCUCAACGGCAUGUAAACUCAGGUUAAAUUCAUAUGUAGAUGUUUGCGUGUAAAUGACAAUUUUUGUUGCAUUUUUUUUUUCACGGCUGCUUUCAGAUGUUACAAAUUCUAUUUGCAUAUCUUUGUAAGUUUGUGGUUGUAAUAAUACCAAUUUCUGGAGCUCUUUGUAUUGAUCUCGCUGGUGGGCGCUUAGUCAUAUGAGAGUUCUGUUCUUUGGUCUAUGUAACAAACUCCAUACAUUCAUAAAAAGAAAUACAAAUGAAGUACUAGUACUUGCACUGACUA